AAAUUUGGGAGAGAGGUGAUCAGGUUCCCUCACUGUGUGCACAUGAUACUGUCCCAGUUACUUGAGCGAUGUCCCCUCUCAUACCGUCACACUCUCAACGAGUCCAGACACACUCUGCGAUCCUCUUCAGCAUUCAGAAUCUGUGAAGUGAAGGAGUAUCUUCAACAGUCUUCUUCAAUUUUGGACUUAAGUGUCUCUUGACUGGACUGAAUAUUUGGGCCUGGUGCUGCAGAGCACGGAUCUUUCCUAUUUCUUCCCCCCCUGUCUCGCAACUCCCCAGCUACAGCGCCUGGCGGGAGGAAGAGACUGCUGACCCGCCAUGUUUCUCGCACUGGUUGUGACACCAGAGCUCAGGGAGUUCCUGGCCCGGGCAAAAGGUGGAGCAGUGCGCCUCAUCAAGGUGCGCAUCCAAGAUGAGCAGCUGGUGCUGGGGGCCUACAGAGAGCCUGAAAAAAGCUGGGACCAGGAUUAUGAUCACUUCUUGCUUCCUCUCCUGGACGACCAGGAGCCCUGCUACAUCCUGUACCGCCUCGACUCCCAGAAUGCACAGGGCUACGAGUGGAUCUUCAUAUCAUGGUCUCCUGACCAGUCCCCAGUGAAACAGAAGAUGUUGUACGCUGCCACUCGUGCCACAGUGAAGAAAGAGUUUGGUGGUGGGCAUGUGAAAUACGAGAUGUUUGGCACAGCUGAGGAGGACGUAUGUUUGAUCGGCUACCAGUGUCAUGUGUCGUCCUGCUCAGGUCCCGCCCCGCUCACAUUAGCUGAGCAGGAGCUCCAGAGGAUCAAAAUCACCGAGGGCCGGGUUAAACAGGUGAAGACGGAGAUCAGCGUGGAGAAUAAGCACCAGACACUUCAGGGCCUCGCUUUCCCUCUGCAGGAGACAGCCAAGAGAGCCCUGCAGCAACUUGCCCAAAAACGCAUCAACUACAUACAGCUGAGGUUGGAUGUAGAGAAGGAGACAAUCGAGCUGGUCCACUCCAACCCGACAGAAACAAGAGAUUUGCCCCGCAGAGUUCCCAAAGACACUCCCAGAUACCACUUCUUCCUUUACAAACACUCCCACGAAGGAGACUACCUGGAAUCUGUCGUGUUCAUAUACUCCAUGCCAGGAUACAGCUGUAGCAUUAAAGAGCGGAUGUUGUAUUCCAGCUGCAAGAGUCGACUGCUGGAGGAGGUGGAGAAAGACUACCACCUGGAAAUUGCCAAAAAGCUGGAGAUCGAUGACGGAGAUGAACUGACGGCGGAGUUUCUGUAUGAAGAGGUCCAUCCCAAGCAGCAUGCCCACAAACAGGCCUUCGCGAAGCCCCGCGGCCCAGCAGGAAAAAGGGGACACAAGCGCCUCAUUAAGGGGCCAGGAGAGACCAAACAGGACAGCUAGAGGCAGACAUGUUUUCAGUUCCAGCCCUCACGACUUUCCCAGACCUUCCAACACAUCGUCAGGCCCAGAGGAACGGCCGCAGUGAUAGAUUCCUCUGCUGUUUGUACUGAAACAAUUGUGCUUUUUAAAGAAAACAUGAUGAAAUAUCUUUAAUCUGUCUCCCCCAAAGGCAAAACAGAUGUCAUGGACAAAUAUAAAAACAUGUCUAAGGAAACAUAACAAGUAUAAGAAAAAAAGUCAUUUGUUUAUUGACGAUUUUCCUCUAUUUAAAGAAGAGUCCGGAGGCUGAAAACCAGACAGAUGGCCUUGUUAUUGUAAAGCUAAUCUGUCUGGUUGUUCCAGACUUAACGGUAUUAUAGACUUGCAUUGAAUUGUUAAUGCAUCGUCAGAUGUUUCAGUCCUCACGUCUAGCCUCAAGUACAGGUUUUGUAUCAACAGUGUUUGUAAGAAAUAAACCAUAUGAAAGGAAAUUCUAAAUAAAAUCUUGUUUAUACUGUGGUAUUACACUUUGGUACAGGUUUG